ACACUGCAGAGCCCGAUGCAAAUCAUGCUUUCCAUGUCUACGUCUGUGGGUCCCGUGAUGAACUACACCUCCGGGGGUGGGCCACCGGGCGCAAUUGUAUCCUGUGAAGCGGAAUCUUCGGGUUUGGUUCCUCCCUCGACGGUGUCUCGCCUUCUGGGACCACGCAGUGCCAGCGCUGGCAAGGCCUAUCUGCCCUCGGUCAGCGGUCAGGCCGGUUUCGCAUCGCGUGGUUUCACGCCCGGCCCGGGCGACCAGCCCGAUGACACGGGGGGGCUGGGCCUCCGGGUAUCACUAACCCCCGGGUCGACCGCCAUGGGUCUGUAUCAAUCGCACCAACUGCCAACACAACCGGGCCUGGCUGCCUGUGGAAGCAGGGCGAGUCAGGCGAUGAUGAUGACUCUUUUGGACCAGCAGGCUGCAGGCGGCGUCAAUAGUCUGGAUACCUAUGGCACAGCUCCAGACUGGUACCCGAUGACCGGGGCUGCCAACGGUGUUGCCAUGGCCACGGGACACCUGAGUCUGGGCCGACGGACAGGACCGUCCGCCACAGCCUGGCCGCCUCCACGUCCCCUAGACACCGGAAUAUUACCCUAUCUGCCACCGAAUGGUUACCCGAUCGGCCUCACAGCCCUGCAGCAACAAAAGAUGGCGGCUACCACACCAACCAGAUAUCAGACUGCCGGUUCGGGCUCUUUCGAUGACGCAUUUGUGUCGACUAGUGCCGAUGGGCGUUAUCUGACAGGAGAACUUUGCAAUUCACUCUAUCCAACUGGUACUGGACUAGUCUAUUCUAGUGAGCAUAGACAAGGGCUGUAUAGGCGUUUUCUAGGAAUCUUUUAG